ACUUUGAGGGAGUUGUGGAUGAGUUCUGUUCCACAAAACGUUGCCAACAGUGACAUCUGUCGAUGCUCCCUACUCUCUACACUCCUAACUAAGUGAAAUGACCCGGAAGUAGUGGAAUCCAUAAUAAAUAACUGGUCUAAUUCUCUAAAUACUUACGAAAGGUUAGAUGAUUCCUUUCGUAUCUCCUUAGGAAAGGGAAGGAGAUAUGACAGACCCACAAUUCCUUGCGGCACCAUCAACAACCCACUUCUUCACGGCUAACCUGUCAGAAAGACCGGGUGUUGUACGGAAAACGGUGUAGCCCUACGGUGAGUUUCCACAUACAAUAAAAAUCGUGCGGUACUACGACCAGUCGAUUAUCAACACACCAGCCCAACAGAUGGCGGUAAUGGACUAAGAUUUCAAGCUACCAAGGAACUCAAAAGAAGAAGAUGAUUAGGUGAUAAUGUCGGGAGAGACAUCAGAAGCAUUGUCAGUCGCUUGCAAUGAAAUGGACACACUAUUUCGGGGUGUCGCGGAUUUAUCCAUUUCAUCUGACCCUCCUCGUGUUGAGAGUCACCAUCACCUGACCACAUCCCUGGAGGAGGAAGAUUUCACACUAAGAGAUCUGUUAGAGCUUCCAAUUGAAAUUUGUGAGAGGCGACCCACAUGUUUACGGUGCUGCCGGCCAGAAAAAGUAUGCCUUUGCCCAUUUCUCCCUGGGUGUCCUUUGGAUGUGUCCACGAGUUUAUACAUAGUUCAACAUCCAGCAGAGGAAAGCAGAGUGCUUCGCACGGUGCCUCUGCUCGCUGCCUGUCUGCCGCCUGAGAAAUGCAAAGUCUUUGUUGGACGGAGGUUCAGUGAAGAACGGAAUCCAGAACUGGCUGCUGUGUGCCAGGACCGUAGAACCCUUCUCCUCUAUCCAGGGCCAGAGGCUCAAAACCUGCAAGAUCUGAAUGAAGACUUGAUGGGAGAUGAGCAGAACAUCAUCAUCAUCGACGGAACAUGGAGCCAAGCCAAGGACAUGUUUCUCAGGAACUCCCUCUUUCAUCUUCCUAAACAGGUGCAGCUGAACAGCACACCAUCAAGUCAGUAUGUUAUUCGCACUCAACCCACUAACAUGUGCCUGUCAACGCUGGAAUGUGCAGCCAUUGCUCUGUCUAUUAUGGAGAAGGACCCAGUCAUCCAAGAGGUCCUUCUCAAGCCGUUGCGGGCCUUGUGCUCAUUCCAGCUGGAACACGGAGCGCAGGUCCACCAUAGCAAAGAGCACCUGCUGAAGACCGGCCUGUAUGACAAACCACUGCCCAAAAACAAGCGCAAGAUGAAGAGGAUUCAGAAGCUAAUUACCAAUCAGAAGAUCUGAGAAAUUCCAGCAUCAGAUCAAAUGAGACGAACACUAGAUUUGUCAGUGCAGAAUUCCUCACGUCUGUACUUCACAUGCGUACAUGUCACUGUCAAGACCAGCAUCAACAUAUGCAACAAAGGAAAUCACAAGAAAAUGUGUUUAUGUUGGGGGGGGAGAAUGAUUGAUAUGUUUCAGGGGGCACAGAAGUUAAAAGAGCAAUAAGUGCCAUAUACCUGUUACUGUUGAACCGUAUUGAUAAAUUGGUAAGAGGUAUGCUUUUAGCCUUUUUUUAAGCUACCUGCAAAACCCAUAUAAAUAUAUUGAGUAUUUAAGAGCUGCUAAAGCUUAGAAGGUACGGGUAAGUAUUGUAUGACGCAUAGACUUGCCUCCAUGUUCCAGGUAAAGCUUAAAGCUUUGGAGGCUAUGCCCACUUAAGUUCAAAUCUACUGAGGCCCGUCUGUCAUUGUCUUAUGUUCUCCGUUGCAGAAGUUUAAAACCUCUCUUGCUUUUCUUUUGAUGAGUAAAGUAAUAAAAAGGUCCUUUUAAUUUUGUACUUCAGUGUUUGUAUCAUGUAUAAAUACUUAUUUGUAUUCUUACAACAUUUGAUAAUAAUGUUUUAAAUUUCAAAUGUGUAAUUAGUAUGACAUGCAAUGAGGCUAGUUAAAAUGGAGAACUAUUUGCAAUAAAUUGACACACAGUGUCACACAUUUAAAUGCUCACAUCAGAAAACUCCCCCUCAACAUUUUAAGAGGCCGUACACAUCAGAAGAAGAUUACAUUAAAGGGCAUAUUUUGUGUGCUUGGCCCCUAAUAAGAAGCAUUGUAUAUAUCUUCUUUGUCGGUUAUUAUAGUUGUGAGUUUUUCUUAUAUAGGGGUCAUUCCAUGUGCAAAGUAAUGGUAUCUUGUAACAGAAUCUUUUUCUUUUGUUGUUAUUAUUAUCAACGCCAAGUAAAGGUCUUUUUACUCAUUG